AUUUUUUUCGAAUGCGUCUUGUUGGGUGUCUGUACGGUUGAAGAAAUCCUCACAAGAACGCAGAGACAUCACAGACAAGAAUGUCAGGCCAUAAGAACCGCUACCUGUUGGUGACCUUGGGCUGUGUGAUGCUACUGAUCACGCCCGCACCCAGUAUGGACUUCGUGGAGGGAGAAGGGAACUACAACCAGACCAACGUGACGACCAUGGAGCCACCGCCGGCACUAACGGUGACAGCCUACCUAAUGACGACCAUCAGUGCUGUCGUGUUCCUGGUGGGUUUGACCGGCAACUCGCUGGUUAUCUACGUGGUGGCGCGGUUCCAGGAGAUGCACACCGUCACCAACUACUACAUCUCCAACCUGGCCGUCACGGACCUCGCCUUCCUCAUCUGCUGUCUCCCGUUCAGCGCCGUCAAACACGUCACGUUCGAGUGGGAACUGGGGCUGUUCAUGUGCAAGUUUGUCAGCUACAUGAUGCAGGUGACCGUGCAGGCGACCUGCCUAACCCUGGCCGUGCUGAGUGUAGACCGGUACUGCGCCAUCGUCCAUCCGGUCACGUCCAUGUCAUUCAGAACCAAGAAGGUGGCAAAGAUCCUCUGUGCAUCUGUUUGGGCAGCGUCCGCUCUUCUGGGUAUCCCCGUGGCAGUCAACUACGAACUGGUGGAGUAUGACUACUACGGUCGGCGCUACUACUGCCAGGAGGUGUGGCAAUCUGAGUCGGGACAGCGAAGCUACAUGCUGUACACGGUCCUGCUGGCGUACGUUAUCCCGCUGGCGUGCUGUGGGGCCUGCGGGGUCCUCAUCAUCCGCCGCCUGCUCACCCGUAUGGAGCGGCACCCAGCUCAGCAGCGGAACCAGGCCCGCCAGACCCGCCGUACAACCUGCAUCAUCGUCAGCGUGGUGGUUAUCUUCGCCCUCUCAUGGCUGCCUAACCACGCCAUCAACCUCUGGCGCGUCUACAACCUGAAGGCAGAGCUCACAGACACCAUCGGCGCUCUGAAAGCAGCGGCCUUGAUCCUCUCGUACUCCAACUCUGCUGUCAACCCUUUCGUGUACACACUCAUCGGGGAGAACUAUCGCAACUGCCUGAAGAAGUCCGCUCCGUGUGCGAGGAGAAAGAGUAACUACUCCUCCCGUUUUGGCAACAGCGUGACGAGAUGCUCGUGUUUGAAUGGUUCUAAAGGGGAGAUGACGGUUACGUUCGGCGUGCGUCUAGGUCACGUGCGCAACCCGCCUCUGGAGAUGAAAACGUCUUACCUGCCGUCGGAAACUGCCCAGGUUUCCAUGCCGGACUUGGAUGAUGAUGAUAAGAUCGUGUAGUGUAGGGUCAAACGUAAAAAAAUGCCGCAACUUUACGUGCCGCUUCACUGCAUGAGGUUUUAUGGGUCCCAAUUGCACCCGUGCCCGUCAGGGUUGUAGCCCCUGUCGGGCUCCGAAACAACAAAUUUGUCCCGGCGGACUGCUGGAUACUGGGGGGUGGGGGUACCCCUCGGUGUUCCCAUGGAUUGGUCACGGCGUCUGAUUUUUACCAGGUCCCGGAUUCAUUUUAAGCCCGGCCGGGCCCCCAAAUAUCCCAGGAGCCACAGGGUGACCCACGGGGCCACGCAGGGGCUACGUUUGAAAGUGCCAAAAACAUCCCGUGAACUGACCUACAGGGCCCCCUUUUCAAUUGAGACUGUAGCCUAAAGAGAGGUCGCUUUGAAGAUCACAGUUUUCGUUGCCACGAUCAUUUCUAAAACAUUCCUAAGGCUACAUUAGAGCAACGACAAAUCCUUUGCAAUAAUGAUCAUGAAUAUCCGGAUAUCCAAGGUAGGAUUAGAUUCAAAAUACAUAAGAAGUAUCCACUUUUGGUGCACAUCUUGACUUUAAGUAGUGCUGUUCCUAGCUUUCCGUCAGUUCUGUUAAAGGGCAUUGUAGAUAUCGCCACAAACGUACAACAAGUAUUGCACGGUGAUGUUGUGUCACA